AUGACCGAAACUAUUAACGUCCACCAUGAAACUGAAACUACAGGAGAAGAGGAAACUGACAUUGUUGAAAAUUCUUCUACUGAUCAAGUAUUUGAAUUGAAUCCAGGCCUGCUCACACGCCAGCGCAAAUCUUAUGAGCUAAGAGAUGAAAAUCCUGGCCCUAGUUAUGUAUUCUCACCCAUUCAUUCCAAUGAGAGCGAUGUCGAUUUGAGUGAUACAGACCCAACAUAUACAGAUAAUUCGUCACGAAACCAUAUCGCACCAAGAGUAAUAGCAGAUUCGUCAUCUAGUUCUUCUAAAUCUAAGUCAUCAUCCUCUGAGUCGUCAUCUAGCAGGUCUUCAGAUUCAGGAAAUUCUUCUUCGGAUUCGGAGCACUCAAGUCACUCAGAUACCCCUAAAAAACGUGGCAGAAAAAAAUCUCGGAAUCCAGAGAACUGGAAACAAAACAAGGUACAGAAGCUAAGAAACAGUGGCCAACCUUACACGUCAAUGUCUGCAUCUUGUAAAUCAUUUCCCGGCCGCAGUAUUAAACCAUUUUGCACACAUAAUUGCAAACACAAGUGUUCGGAACAAAUUAAUGAGGAGACCAGGUCAGCCUUAUUUAAUUCUUUUUGGCAAUUAGCUGACUUAUACAAGCAAAGAGCUUUCAUAAGUGCAUGCAUGGUAGAUGUUCAACCUAAAUAUAGAUACACAAACGCUGAAAAUCCUAGAAGCUACAAUAAAGCUUAUUACUUUACUGUAGAGAAUAGACGUAUUCGUGUCUGUAAAUUAUUUUUUAAAAAUACUUUAGACAUCACGGAUAGAAUGAUUCAGACAACAAAAAAUAAACACGAUGGUAACGGUUUCUUACAAGAUGAUUUACGUGGUAGACAUGAAAAUCACAAAAAGAUUUCAGAAGAGUUAGUGAAUGGCAUUAAGGAGCAUAUUAGUUCUAUACCUCACAUAGAAUCACAAUAUUUGAAAAAAACUGCGUUAAGAGAAUAUUACAUAGAUGGUUCGAAAACAAUUGUUGAUUUAUACAAAGACUUUCAAGAUCAACAAGCUGAAAGGGGAAAAGAUCCUACUACAAAAUUUUUACAACUGAGGCAUACUCAGAAUGAGGCUGACAAUGUACAUAGCUUAAUCGAAAAAGAGAUCAAAAGGAAUAGAAAAUCAGGCCCAAUAUAUUGCCCACAACAAUAUAUUCCUAUAAUAAAAAGCGCUAAAAAAAAGGAUAUGGAAUUAUUGCAAAAGGAGUGGGGCUACAAUUAUAAUGUGAAUGAUGAAGGUGAAAGCGUUGUGUGGAACGAUAUAAAAGUUUUGAAAUUCACCAAAGAAGAUCCUUUUGUAUUCUACUACAAAAGUUCAUAUAAUCAAGAAGAAUACAGCAAGGUGUCUGUACGCAAUAAAAGGAAGAAGAUGCCUAGUCUUAUAAAUGCCAUGCAGCAUAAUGCAAUGAACUAG